AUGGGUCUUGUUACCCACGAUGAGGAGCAGAUCUCCUCAAGAAAUCCCUUGAGGGUUUCUCAAUCUCCACAGGACGUCAAGCCCGAUUUCGACCCUUCCGAUGCCUCCCAAGACACUCUCACAAGCGGGCAGCCGCCCAGCGUGGCACCAGAUGAGACCCAAGAAAAGAGAAUGGACACGAGGAAGAUCAUAUCCUUCAGCCCCACGGAUCCCGACAACCCGUACAACUUUCCACGACGCAAGAAGUUCUACGUCUUUUUCACUGGCAUCAUGGCCGUCAUGAACAGCACCUUCUCCUCUUCUCUUCCUAGCGGGGCGAUCGAUUUCAUCGCUGCUCAAUUCAAAGUGACUCAGAAGGUCCAGAUACCUCUUCCUAUAUCUUGUUUCCUCGCCGGAUAUGUCAUUGGACCGACGCUCUGCGGUCCCUUGUCCGAGAAUAAUGGCCGGCAGCGAGUGAUGCUACUCUUUUUCUCCAUGGGAACGCUCUUCAGCAUGGCAUGCGCGGUCGCUCCGAAUUGGGCUUCUCUGCUUUUCUUUCGCUUCGUUUGUGGGGUUGGAUUUUCUGGCCCGAUCGCAAUCACAGGCGGACUAUAUGCGGACGUGUACGACGAUCCACGAGAGCGCGGCCUUGUAAUGGCCCUUUUUAUGAGUACCACGGCCAUAGGGCCUGCACUGGCACCAGCCAUCUCUGGGUUUAUCGCUGAAAACACAUCGUGGAGAUGGGUGUUUGCUCUUGGGACGCUCAUGGCUGUGGCAACCAUACCAAUCAUUGUGUUCAUGCCAGAGACAUACGCUCCUCUGCUCCUGAGCCGCAAAGCAGCGAGACUGCGCAAAGAGACAGGGGAUCCGAAUAUCGUCGCCAAGUCUGACAUCCAGAAGAAGACCUUUCGAUACGUCAUGACCGUUGUCAUGACUCGCCCUUACCGCAUGCUGUUCCAGGAGGUCAUUGUCAUGUGCAUUUCGGCGUACUGUGCGUUGGCGUACGGCAUCUUCUACCUCUACUUCGAAGCAUACCCAUUUAUUUUCCUAGGGCCAAACUCCGUGUAUGGGUGGUCAUACGGCUUGGCUGGUCUUGCUUUCAUCCCGAUUGGUGUGGGGUCUGUUCUCGCCACACCGGUAUAUAUUUGGUGGGAUUCUUAUCUGGCAAAAGCGAGAAAGAGAAAUGCAAAAUGGGCUGAGCAGGAAGAGUACCGACGGUUGCCUCUCGCCUGCAUCGGUGGGCCAUUGUACGUCGUCUCACUGUUUUGGAUCGGUUGGAGCGCGAGACCGGGGACCUUUUGGUUGGCUCCUGUGGCCUCUGGGAUCACAUUCGGGGCCGGCUUUACAUUGAUCUUUAUGGCUUUGCUCAACUAUCUUAGUGACGCCUACCAAACGUUCGCGGCUAGUGCCCAAGGCAUGGCAAGUACAGCCAGAAGCGUCUUCGGGGUAGUUCUCCCGCUCGCCGCGCAUUCCAUGUUUUCCAACCUUGGCAUCGCGUGGGCGUGCAGUCUGCUCGGGUUUUUGAGUCUCGGGAUGUGCAUCAUACCGUUCGCAUUCAUCAGGUUCGGCGACCACAUUAGGGACAACAGCAGAUUCUGCAAGGAGUUGAAGGAGCUGAAGGCGAAAGAGGCUGAGGGAAACGAGCAGACGGAGCAGGACCAAAGCAUGAGAGAUCAACGCAGUCAAGGAGAUGAGAAGGACUUUGGGAGUAGAGAGACAGUGCUCGAUGGAGUCUCUGAUCGGGUGUGA